UGACGUUCAGCCGGGAUUUUCGAACCUAUCUCUAGCACAACUCUUCUCUCGUCUUUCUUCCUCCCUGUAUAUUUUCUUCAUUCUUCGUGCGUGUGAUGUGCCAAAGCCCCAACCCCCAAAACGUGCUUUAUGACGUAACGCGGUUCUAAAUUUUCACACACAAAAAAACGCGACAAUUGUUAAUAUUUUUCGAGUUGUUUUGGUUAGUGUUGAAUUGUUGUCGAGGGUUUGCUCCCUCUGUGAUUAAAGAACCACUCAAAAGACUGUUUAGUUGCUAAAAUAAAAACCAAGUGCUUUUUUUGAAUGUUAAGUGCGAUUUUUCUAAUACAUGGAGUUCUUGGACGGCCUGCGACACAACAAGACUCUCACCAGAUUCCUGUCGCAAUCUCUAGGGUCGUAAACGAGGUCUUAAUUGCGUCUUGGCCCAUUUUCACCACGACGUGUGUCCCAUCCUAUAGUAAAAAUUCCUCGUGUGAGACGGCGGCGUCGCGGCGUCCUCUCUAUCCCGUGAAGACGUGCGUCGCAACGCUAGCCGCCGCAUCAGUUGUUCAUCCGGGAUUUUCGGGGAAUGUGCAGGUUUGCGCGCCAGUGUGGUUGGUACGCCUGCUAUACAAAAUGUAUUAUUUCAUGACCGGUGUGGUGCAGAACUGCGAACAGAUACUAAGAGCGCAGUUAGAGACGACAGGAAGUCCACAGGCGAAGUCGCCGGCCGGGAGCAGCGCAGGAGCACUGCCCUCAGAAGCUCGCACGCCCACAGCUCCCAACAAGGCCCUUCAAAAUGUCAAAGGGGACCAUCCAUCGGUAAGCCAGGAUAUGGCAUUCCUGCAAAACCGUUCUAUAUCUCUGGUGGACAUGUACAUCGACAAUUCUGAACCUUCGGAAAACGUCGGUCAGAUACAUUUCUCUCUCGAGUACGACUUCCAGAAUACGACUCUCAUCCUGAGGAUAAUCCAGGGCAAGGACUUACCCGCCAAGGAUUUAUCCGGGACUAGCGAUCCUUACGUACGCGUGACGCUCCUCCCCGACAAGAAACACCGUUUAGAGACAAAGAUCAAAAGACGCACACUCAACCCUCGAUGGAACGAAACGUUCUAUUUUGAGGGAUUCCCAAUCCAGAAGUUGCAAUCGAGAGUGUUGCAUUUGCACGUCUUCGAUUACGAUCGGUUUUCGAGGGAUGAUUCCAUCGGGGAGGUGUUUCUGCCCCUUUGUCAGGUGGAUUUGAGCGAAAAGCCGUCGUUCUGGAAAGCGCUCAAACCCCCAGCAAAAGACAAAUGUGGUGAACUUCUAACCUCUUUGUGUUACCAUCCCAGCAACAGCAUUCUCACAUUGACAUUGCUCAAAGCGAGGAAUCUCAAAGCUAAAGAUAUCAAUGGAAAAUCUGAUCCCUACGUUAAAGUGUGGCUGCAGUUUGGCGAUAAACGCAUCGAAAAACGCAAAACGGCCAUCUACAAGUGUACUCUCAAUCCUGUUUUCAACGACACGUUCUCGUUCAACGUGCCCUGGGAGAAGAUCAGAGAGUGCUCGUUGGAUGUCAUGGUCAUGGAUUUCGAUAAUAUCGGGAGGAACGAGCUCAUCGGGAGGAUCCUACUAGCAGGCAAAAACGGCUCAGGAGCGUCCGAGACCAAGCACUGGCAAGACAUGAUAACGAAGCCUCGACAGACCAUCGUCCAGUGGCACCGACUCAAACCGGAAUAAGGGGGCAACAAAACGGCAAACCGAUACAACCAACAAAAAAUGUUUCGUUAAAACCAUUCGUUGCAUCGAAUGACAAUAAAAUAUCAUCGGCGGCCAUUUUGUUGUCACUUAUUUCAAGCACAACCCGACUUGUUGUCGAAAAAAAAGUAAAAAAAAAAGCAAAGAAAAAUUAUUUUUAAGAGGGACAAACGACAAGUAUUUUUUGUGAUACCUUAAAAUGUAGCGUUAAUACUGUUGUACAUGUGAAUAUUACUAGUCUAGGAGUUAAGUGUAUGUCGUGUCGAUUAGGUGGCGCCACCUGUUGGGGUCUGAUCGAUGCGACAAGCGCGCCAAUUUCAAAUCUUUUUCCGGUAAAAAUGUGUUUACAAGUAUAACGACACGCUUUACAUAAGUGUAUAGGAAAUAAAAUAUUUUUAGAGACAAACAAACAUCCGAGACAGGCCGUCAUUUCUGUAUGUGCUGCUUAUAGUUUCGAUAUACUUGGAUUUUCAUAUCGAUCGUUGCUGUAGACAGCCGGUGUUUGGACUAAAUUUCGAUGUUUAUCUGUUGUAUAAAAAAUGUCUAAAUAAAUCGUGGGGCGAGGGCCCCUGAAAAUGGGUGAUUGGAAAAUUCAUUAAAAAAUCAACACUUAACUGUAGUGCCUGAAUGAAACGUAUCGUUAUAACAGAGUAUAUAUUAUUAUUUUUGUGUGCUCCCACCCUUGUAAAAUAAAUUCUUUUCGUCAUGUAGGAUAAUUUGAUGUUUUACGACCGACAGGGGAUUUACCCGUUUAUUGGCGCCAAAUUAUGUGACAUUGCAAAACAUUAAGUUUGAUUUAUAUUUUAUAUAAAAAUGUUGCUAAUAACUGGAUGUUUAAUGUAAAACUUCAGUCAAUGUUGUUAAACAACAUGGUUUCAUGUAUGUAAAUAUAUGUUAGAGCUUAGACGAUUCAAGUACAGUGUAGAAAGUAUUAAUUAGACAUUAAUAAACGUAUUUAAUUUA